CAUAUAUAGACCUCGACGACAUCCUGGGAAGCAUUACAGAGCGAGGAUCAUGUUCGUCACCAUCACCGUAUUGUUGUCAAUAGCAACGUCGAUCGUCAUGGCUCAACCCCGCGUCCUCGUCUUUACAGCCACCACAGGUUACCGUCACGACUCGAUCCCCGAUUCCAUCUCCGCGCUCCAAGCACGUUCGGGCACGGACGGGGUGGACUUUGAAUUCACAGAGGAUCCCACGAGGUUCAACGGGGACGAGUUGGGCAGAUUCGAUGGCGUCAUGUUUCUGAGUACCACCGGCGAGGGAGUCCUUGACUCGUCUCAAGCCCAAGCAUUCCACACUUACCUUCAAAACGGUGGCAAUUUCGUCGGAGUCCACGCCGCGACGGACUGCCUGGGCGGGGAAGAUUGGUACGUCCAGACCAUCGGGACGAGGUUCGAUUAUCAUCCCGAGUUGCAACCUGCCACGUUCACUCCCCUGAACAAGACGCACCCUUCCAUGGUCGGAGUACCCGACCGAUGGACCUUCACCGAAGAAGUGUACAAUUACCGCUCAGACCCUAGGGACGUUGGUGCCCAGGUCGUCUUGACCGUGGACGAAUCGUCUUAUACUGGCUCGAGCGGCUCUUCAGGCAACUAUGACCAAGGCGUCCCUCACCCCAUCGCAUGGUACAUUACCGACUCUCUCGGCGCUCAACCCCCGACCGACGGAGCUCCUGGAACAGGUAGAUCGUUCUACACCUCGUUAGGACACCUGAGCGAGACGUGGCAAGAUCCCACCUUUAUGGGACAUGUCAUGGGUGGACUCAAGUGGGCUUUGGAGAGCGGGACGACGAGGUGGACGAACGGUACAGCGUUGGUCGGUGCUGUCCAGCCUCAGAACUCGAGUACCAGCGCGAGCUCUAGCGCGGCCUCGACGAUGGGGACGAGCACGGCUAGCGGACAAGCUUCGACGAGCGUGUCGGGGACUGGGAUGGCGACUUCGACCAGCGCCUCUGCAGGACCCACGUCGUCUACUCCGGCUAAUUCGGGUAUUAAGGACGGAUCGGCUGUAGGAAAGACGGCUGCGCUGGCGGGGGCCAUUGCGGGUAUCGUAGGGUUGAUGUUGUAGAUAGACAUACUGUGAUCGUCCGAUCUUGCAUACUCAGCCCCUCAUAAUGAUGAACGCAGUCUCGAUUGGAUUGUUCCGUUUCAGGGUAUGUUGCGUCAUUCGUGGCAUUCUCCCAACUAUAGGUAUCUCGGCCUCGAACGAGGGUUUUC